CUAGCCUCACUCGCUUGUUCGUCUCUCUGCAAUGGAAGUGAGAUUCAUCACCCAAAUUCAAGUCCCGGCGAACCCUAAUCACAGAUUCUCUCGUCCUCCCCUAGUUCCCCCGCGCUAUAUCAGAGCGUCUUCUUCAACCUCACAGGAGCCGAAAAGCUACAGAGGUCCGAAACCGAGCAAGAACCUGGUGGCUGAUUUCGUCUCCAGGAACGACGACUCGGUUCGGAGCUUGCCCAUCUACGUCGGAGGCGCUUCCCUCUUGGCCGUUCUUUUCAAUCGGGCCGUUUCCGGCAUCGCUCCGGUUGCUGACGCUAGUAGCUCACAGUCUAGAGCAGAUCUAUUGGCGCUUGGUUUGGCUGUAACCAAUUUAUUGACCGGUUUAGUCUGGUUAUCGAUCCGACCUAAGUCCAUUACUCCAGUAGAACCUGAAGGUUUGGAUUGCAAUGUUUUAGAAUCCCAUCUUCCUCCAUCACUAGUCUCCGAGUUGUUAUGGGCUUGGGAAUCUCUUAAGGCAGCAACAUGUUGUAAGUCUCUGGUUAUUGUCUACAAUGGGAUUUGUCUAGUUCAAAUUGGGAUGGCUGCUGAAUCUCCGGAAGAUAGCAACAAAGCAGUCAUUGUAAACACUGAUAAGCUGAUGGAAGGAUCAGUUUAUCAAGGGGUAAUGAAAUCAAAAGCACAAAGUUACUUGGCCAAUCUUUCUCUUUAUCCUGGGAGAUCAGAGCUGCCAUUUCUGCCUGCAAAUACACAGGCAGUGAUUUUGCAGCCUCUUGGUGAUAAAGGACUCGCUGUUAUCGGUGGAAACACUGUCAGAGGGUUCACGUCUUCAGACCAGGCAUGGAUUUCUUCAAUUGGAGAGAAGCUAGAUGCCACAUUGGGUAGAUGUUUUAUUAAUUCGGCUGAGAUUUCCCAAGAAAAAGAUCAGUAAAGGUAAUACAAAGUCGAAAACAAUGUAAAAGAACUUUUCAUUGCGUGAUUAUGUGGUUACAUAAAGUGGAAAUGUAGAAAAAUAAAGAAAUGAUAAAGUAAACACUUAGAGAUCAGAUUAGAGUUCAUGUAUGUAGUAAACACAAGAUAAACCAAUAAAGUCUUCUUCACGAGCUCAAGUUUGAAGUGUGUUCUCAGUUAUAAAAUGAGCUUUUGGAACCUUUUUCUUCAUUUCUGUAAAUGGGCAUUUCGUUUGUGGUUGCCAGUUUGUGUUAUGUUGCGAGAAACUAACAAAUCAGUGGAGAGUACACUGAAAGAUGUCUCGAGACAACGCACUCGUCUCCCCAGAGAAUGCAUUUCGUUCUGUGAGCUCUCCAUGAAUCGCUGAAAGAGAUCCAAGAGACUAGACUGUUGUUUUUCGAUCCUAGUAAUCUGGUUUCUUAUCAGAGUCAACUCUUCUUCUGCAUUCUUUCUCUGAGAAGAACUACUUCCUUCAUGACUACUCUCUUCUUCAUCACUAGUCUGAACAACUUGUGACUUGUUAGAUAUAUUCUCUUUGACCUUGCACGGCUUUGGCUUGGCCGGAAACAAAACCUUCUUAGCUCUCAAUGGCGAAAGAUUACGCUUCUCCUUAGCUUCAUUGCUAUCUUUCUCUUCAACAUGAUUCAACUUUGAGCUUAUGGUUACGUUUGUAUUCUUGUCUUUGCUUCUUUUCCCCGAAGAAGAAGACUCUUGAGAGUCAUAUCCAAGGUGCUUCCAUAAACUCAAUGUAUGAGUCAUAGUCUCUCUAACGAGUUUAACCUUAUCAAACCUUCUGCUCUCAAGCACAUCCACACAUGCCUUCUUAUACAAGGGAGCCAACUCUUCUUCAGC